AUGGAGUCAAUCGUGCUCUCGGACAGCUCGGACGACGGGCUGGACACUCGGAACCCCCCGGCGUCGGCGCGUACGUCGACCCGCUUGGCAACGGCGGCAGCGGCGGCAGCAGCGGCAGCAGCGUCGGGAUUCGUCGUGGAAAUCAGGCCGCGGCCGCGAUAUGUUGCCGGAUGCGGGCCUGCCCUGCAACCCUUGCGUCUUCUCCCUCCGGCAGUGUCGACGGCCUACAUCAUUGAACGCCUUCUGCUGCCCUCUCCCGGCCUGGCUGUCGACGGCAAGCCGUUGCCGGAGCGCAUGACCUACUUGGUGGGCUGGAAGGACCUCCCCGCCGCCAGCUUGCUGGUUCCGGCGAUGCAGAUACUCGAUUACGUGUCGCCGAGGACCCUGGAAGAAUGGGAGUUCGCCUUCGAAGCAGAGCUGGAGGAAGAGCGGACAAGAAUCGCCGAUGCCGACGUGAACGGCGCGUCUGACCUGGGGUGGAAGAGCAAUUUCACUGACCGGCCGCCCCCGACCAACGCAAGUAGCGAGUCAUCGACGGCCGCUGUGGUCUUUGAGGAGCCCGGCGUCGUUGGCCGUCCCGGCGGCGAAUCCCUGAGCUUAUCCACGCCGCGAAAGAGAAGACUGGCGGAGUUCGAGGACCUCUCCGACGACGAUUCGAGCGUCUCUGCUCAAAUCUCAUCCCAGCUCCAUGGCCACGACGGGCAGCAAGGGUAUUUUGAUGAAUCCGACGCCCCGCCCGGCAGCAUCAUGGUUGACCGCCGACGUCUUCUCAACAUUAUGGAGGAAAGCAACGGGGCUUCAGCGGGCACCCUCUGCAGGGUCAUCACGCCGGUGCCAUAUCCUUCCUACGUAACCGGACUUUUGGACAAGAGGGGCGCUUCAUCAUCCACCCUGCCCGUCCCGCUGGCUGCCAAACCAAGCAUGGGCCACGGCCUCGACGUCUCGCUGGCCGCGUACCAGCAGCGCUCUAUGCGGGGAGCGCCCUUUCCCAGCGCCGAGCCAGGCGUCGGCAACUACGCCAAUCCGUCAUCAAGCUCCGGGAACACAAGCGCCUCGGCGACCCCAGACCCCGGCUUGGCGCACCUGUCGGGCCAACAAGGCCAAUACCCGCCCCCGGCGAAGGAGGUUGACGACAAACAACCAGACUGGGAGGUGGAAGGGCUGGAGAGCAUGGCCUUGUACGAUGUGGAAGGCCGCGGCAUCGUGCGCUACUUUCUGGUUCGCUGGGCUGGCGAGUGGCCGCCGGACCAGAACCCGACCUGGGAGCCGGAAGAACACAUUCCUCCCGACCUGGUGCGCAGGUUUCUAAAGCUGACCAAGAAGCAAAGGUCCAGGCUGGCGUCCAAGCGGCGCUCAAUGCAGCCGGCGGCGGUGAAGAAGGAAAGGACGGCGAGGAGACGGUAUACUUCCGUGAGCGAUGCCUUCAAAGGCGACUGGAAAGAAGAGACGGCCGAAACCGACGGCGCAAGGGAACGCGGUGCAUUCGAGCAUAGUCACGAGCUGGACGACGAGGUUUUUGUCGUGGGGCACUGA